CCUCCCUCGGGAAGCGAGAACGCGCGCAAACACCGGGAAAAGAGCAGCAGCAAGUCGCAGCGCCGCGGGAGCCAAAGGCGGGGGGGAAGCGGCGGAGAAGGCAGCGACUCGCCCACAACUGGCCUCCCCUCACGCCUCCUCCGAACCACGUUUCUGCGGGUCCGGCAUGGAGUCGGUACUACUGGAGCACUUCCCGGCCGGGCUGGAUUCCUUGUCUUCAGAAUCUUACUUCGACGACGAGGAAUUCUUCACCGACCAGUCGUCCCGGGACCCUCUGGAAGGCGACGAACUCCUGGAGGCCGAGGUGGGCUUCCUGGCCCCGCCGUUCCACGAGUGUUACCGCGGCGACGCGGCUGGCGGUGGCGCGGGACCCGAGGGCGCGCCCGAGGGCGCUCUGUGCUGCGAAGCGGCUCCGGGUAGCUUCUCGGUAUCCUUCUCCUCGCCGUCGUCGGCCAGUUUCGCCUACGAGUGCUGCGGACUGGCGGCCUCGCCCAGGGGCAGCCUCAAGAUUAUCCAACAGCUAGAUGAAGUGGGGAGAUCACCUUCUCCAAGUGACCCAGAUUAUGGACUUCCUCCUCUCGCUGGGCAUUCACUCUCUUGGACUGAUGAAAAACAACUCAAGGAACAAAACAUUAUUAGAACUGCUAAAGUCUGGACUCCUGAAGACCCUAGGAAGUUAAACAGCAAAUCAUCUGUAAACAACAUUGAAAAUGAGCCCCCAUUUGAUUUCAUAUCAUAACAUGAGAACAUUAUUAGACUAUCAAUGUCAAUCUUUUUGCCAUAUGCAGCUUUACUUGUGGAGUUCUUGGUGCUCUCUAAGCUUAGUUGUUUGCUUGCAGGCAUUUCAUUAUCCAACUAGGUAACAUCAUCAGUGUGAACCUAGUUGGGUGAUGAAACAACUGCAAGUGAACAGCUAAAAUCCAAGAACUCCACAGUUCAAACCUGAGCUACAUAUACAUCUUUUAUUGGAACAGUUUUACUUAAAAUACAUAUUUUCACAGGUACUUUACAAUACAAAAAAAGUAUUCUAAUGGCAAUCAACUUUUUAUUUAUCUAUUUAUUAUUUACAGCUGGGGGAAUGGAACUAUCCUUUUCUGAAUGUAUAACUUAUAUAAUUUAUCCUAAUUUUAAAAUAUGCAAUACUUUUAGAUUCAUCCACCAGCACCUUUUGGCAAAAAUUAUUUGUUAGAAAAGAAAAUGCUUCCCAGGAAAUGUGAACAUAAUUUAUUAUCACUUGUUGAAUAUGCUAAUUAUAUUAAAUAUU